CGCGACCGCGGUACCACCGUUAUCUCGGCCGAAGAGCGCGCCAGACGCGUCACAGAAGCCAAGACCAUGAUUCGUGAGACCGCCACCUUCACUCCCGCUCUUCUGGGUCGCAUCGAGUCUCGCAUCGACUCCAACGCCUUCCGUCGUUGCAUCUCAGACAACACCAUCUACCAGUCCCUCUGCAACUCGCUGAAGGACAAGAAUGUCCCCGAGCGCGAUCGACGCCCCGAUCUCGUCGACUACCUCGCCCUCGAGGCCAUCGUCGCCGUCAAUUAUGACGGCGAGUACAACAAGGUCCUGAAGGACCUCUUUAUCCGCUGCCACACCGCGGCUUGGGUCGACAAGGCGAUUCUCGCAGCCAAUCACGAGUGGUACCGUGACGGUCUCUCUGAUGCCCGCAAGUUCGUCAAGACCCUCAUCAACAAGGUCGACUCUCAGCUCCUCGAGAUCAUUCUUGGCGACAUCGAGAAUACCUACUUUCGUCAGACCCUCAAUGACCACUCCCUCUACAAGAAGAUUCUUGAGAAGCUCAAGAACAACCGUGACCUCAGUCAGCGCGACGUUCUCACCGCCGUCGCUCUCAACGGCGGCAAGUACCCGACCGAGGUCUUUCGUCACCUCAUUAUUCACCAAAACUCCUCCAUGUGCCAUUGGGGCAACAAUGUCCAGGCUCAGCACGCCCUCUAUGAGGACGACGAGUUCCAGGACACUCGCGCUCAGAACACCAUUGUCGGCGACACUAUGGCCAACCUCGAGUCUUUCGCCGAUGCUAUGCAGAAUAGAGAGAAGAGCAAUGAGAUCCGCAAGAAGGUCCGUGAGCUCAAGGCCAUCAUGAAGGGAGACAUGGGUCUUCUUCGUCACACUCAGGGUGGUCGUAUCCAGAAGAAUACUGGCGGAGGUGGUGGAAGUGGCAGGGUC